AUUGGACCAUGAACUACGUCAUCCAGCCCAAACCCGGAAGUUGGGAAUGGUAAGAUGGCGCUACUGCGCUGUCGGCGAGACCCGUGCGGGUUUAUCUGUCUCAUUCUGACUUAUUUUAGCGUAUUUUACGCCGACUACGUUGUUAUCCAGUAUGUACUGAUCCCAGCUUACUCUGGAAGUGUAUGGUGCACACUUCAUGGAUCUGUCUUUAAUGUCAUAUUACUGCUGCUUCUGGCUUGUCAUUCGAAAGCUGUGUUCUCUGACCCAGGUAUGGUUCCUCUUCCUGAGACAGCCAUUGAUUUCUCAGACUUGAGGUCUCAGUCCAGCCGUGUGAAUGACAGGGGUUGUGAAGGCUGGACUGUGUGUAGUCGUUGUGAAACAUAUCGUCCUCCUCGUGCACAUCACUGCCGAGUGUGUCAGCGUUGCAUCAGACGCAUGGAUCACCACUGCCCAUGGAUCAAUAAUUGUGUUGGAGAACUCAACCAGAAGUACUUCAUCCAAUUUCUCUUUUAUACUGGCAUGGCCAGCCUGUACUCCAUGGCUCUGGUGGUGUCGGCAUGGGUGUGGCGGAUACGGAGUGAAAGAGAUGGAGAUGGAGAAAAAGGUGAAGAGGAUGUUCCCAGUAAGCAUCUAAUAGUGGCACAUUACAUCAUCUUGUUAGUGGAGUCCAUUCUGUUUGGCGUUUUUGUCCUGGUGAUAUUUUAUGACCAGCUGGUGUCCAUUAUAACAGAUGAGACACCCAUUGAGCAGAUGAGAAACAGACUGAUGAAGGACAGACCCAACAGCGGGCAGUCAGUGCACACGACACACACCCGAAAACCUAAAGUUGCAUUGCUGAGGGAGGUGUUUGGAAGAGGCUCUGUGCUGUGUUGGCUGUUACCGUUCCAGUCCUCUCCCCCGUCCGCUGGAGGAAUCAGUUACUCACCUGUUCCUGAUUACGAUGUGUAAAGAUGACCGACGUCAGCAGUACUUUACAGUUUUAAUGAUGAGAGUGUUUAUUAAGUGUAGCACUGUGUGUUAUGUAGUAGCUCUUAAUCUGCGUACAUACUCAAGUACGCACACACUGUUAUCAAGUCGCAAGAGC